CUCCAGAUAAGAGUGUGCGGAAAGCGCGGCGGGGCUGAGACGCGACCAGGACGUGGGGAGGACGGACCAGCAGGACAGACCGACCGGGGGCCCGGCGGGCGGAGGGCAGCACAGCGCAGCCACGUCCCCCCUGGAUCCGCCGGCAGCCGGGCCCGGGGCUUCCGACAUGCCCCCCAGGAGAUUGUGCUGGGCAGAGGAUGCUGGACACGAUGGAGGCUCCCGGCCACUCGAGGCAGCUGCUGCUGCAGCUCAACAACCAGCGCACCAAGGGCUUCUUGUGCGACGUGAUCAUCGUGGUGCAGAACGCCCUCUUCCGCGCGCACAAGAACGUUCUGGCGGCCAGCAGCGCCUACCUCAAGUCCCUGGUGGUGCAUGACAACCUGCUCAACCUGGACCAUGACAUGGUGAGCCCAGCCGUGUUCCGUCUGGUGUUGGACUUCAUCUACACCGGCCGCCUGGCUGAUGGCGCAGAGGCUGCUGCUGCGGCGGCAGUAGCUCCGGGGACCGAGCCGAGUUUGGGCGCCGUGCUGGCUGCGGCCAGUUACCUGCAGAUCCCCGACCUCGUGGCGCUGUGCAAGAAGCGCCUCAAACGCCACGGCAAGUACUGCCACCUGCGGGGCGGCGGCGGCGGCGGCGGUGGUUAUGCACCCUACGGGCGGCCAGGCCGCGGCCUGCGGGCUGCCACGCCGGUCAUCCAGGCCUGCUACUCGUCCCCAGCCGGGCCUCCGCCGCCGCCCAGCGUUGAGCCGCCGUCGGGUCCCGAAGCCGCAGUGAACACGCACUGCGCAGAACUGUACGCCUCCGGCCCCGGCCCGGCGGCCGCACUCUGUGCCCCGGAGCGCCGCUGCUCCCCACUCUGUGGCCUGGACCUGUCCAAGAAAAGCCCAUCGGGCUCCGCGCCUCCGGAGCGGCCGCCUGGUGAGCGCGAGCUGCCCCCGCGCCCAGACAGCCCUCCCAGCGCCGGCCCCGCAGCCUACAAGGAACCACCGCUUUCUCUGCCUCCACUGCCACCGUUGCCCUUCCAAAAGCUGGAGGAGGCUGUAGCACCUCCGGACCCGUUCCGUGGCGGCGGCGGCAGCCCAGGACCCGAGCCCCCCGGCCGCCCCGACGGGCCCAGCCUCCUCUACCGCUGGAUGAAGCACGAGCCAGGCCUAGGCAGCUAUGGCGACGAGCUGGGCCGGGAGCGGGGGUCCCCAGGGGAGCGCUGCGAGGAGCGCGGCGGGGACCCGGCAUCCUCGCCCGGGGGGCCCCCGCUCGGCCUGGCUCCACCACCGCGCUAUCCGGGCAGCAUGGACGGGCCUGGCGCGGGAGGCGACGGUGAUGACUACAAGAGCAGCAGCGAGGAGACGGGCAGCAGCGAGGACCCCAGCCCGCCUGGCGGCCACCUCGAGGGCUACCCAUGCCCGCAUCUGGCUUAUGGAGAGCCUGAGAGCUUCGGUGACAACCUGUACGUGUGCAUCCCGUGUGGCAAGGGCUUCCCCAGCUCAGAGCAGCUGAAUGCGCACGUGGAAGCGCACGUGGAGGAGGAGGAGGCGUUGUAUGGCAGGGCCGAGGCAGCUGAAGUAGCUGCUGGGGCUGCGGGCCUCGGGCCCCCUUUUGGAGGCGGUGGGGACAAGGUCGCUGGGGCUCCCGGUGGCCUGGGCGAGCUACUGCGGCCUUACCGCUGUGCAUCGUGCGACAAGAGCUACAAGGACCCGGCCACGCUGCGGCAGCACGAGAAGACGCACUGGCUGACCCGGCCCUAUCCAUGCACCAUCUGCGGGAAGAAGUUCACGCAGCGUGGUACCAUGACGCGACACAUGCGCAGCCACUUGGGCCUCAAGCCCUUUGCGUGCGACGCGUGUGGCAUGCGCUUCACACGCCAGUACCGCCUCACCGAGCACAUGCGCAUACACUCGGGCGAGAAGCCCUAUGAAUGCCAGGUGUGCGGUGGCAAGUUCGCACAGCAACGCAACCUCAUCAGUCACAUGAAGAUGCACGCCGUGGGUGGCGCGGCCGGCGCAGCCGGGGCACUGGCGGGGCUGGGGGCGCUGCCUGGCGUCCCCGGCCCCGAUGGCAAGGGCAAGCUCGACUUCCCUGAGGGCGUCUUUGCUGUGGCCCGCCUCACCGCUGAACAGCUGAGCCUGAAGCAGCAGGACAAGGCCGCCGCGGCUGAGCUGCUGGCGCAAACCACGCACUUCCUGCACGACCCCAAGGUGGCGCUCGAGAGCCUCUACCCGCUGGCUAAGUUCACCGCGGAACUGGGCCUCAGCCCGGACAAGGCGGCGGAGGUGCUGAGCCAGGGAGCGCACCUGGCCGCUGGGCCCGACGGCCGGACCAUCGACCGUUUCUCCCCGACCUAGAGCGCCCCACAAUGAGGCCCGCCCCACUGCCGCUGCGUGGCCCCUGGCCUGUGCCUCCAGGGAGCGGCGGCAGCGGCGGCAGCGAGCCGGCACACCGUGGCUCCAGGAUAACUGUGGUAGCAGCGGCAGCGUCACCGCAGUGGCGGCGGCCCCACCUCUCUGCGGCCUCACCUGGCCUCACUGCUUCGUGCCUUAGCCCGGGGGUGGGGGUGAGGGGAAAACCCCGGGACGGGGGUGGGGUGGGGGAAGGGAGAUUUAUAUUUUUGAUAUCAGCUUUGACCAAAGGAGACCCCCGGCCCUUCUCCGCCUCUUCCUGUGGUUCGUUGGCCCCAUCCCCCGGGCUCCGUGCUGCUUUUUGGGGGAGGGGUGUCACUGUUGGGGCGCUCCCAGCCCUACCUCCGGCCCUUGCGACCACUCCCAUUCUCACUGUGAAUCUCCCCGCCGGGGUCGGAGCGUCGGGCAGAGUUGGGGAGCGGGGAGGGGACUGAGCCGGCCGGAGGGCCCCCUGCCCCCGCUCCCACCCGCCCGGGGACUGAUAAUGUGAAGUUCCUCAUUUUGCACAAGUGGCACUAACCCCAGGGCCCACCCUUCCCUCCCUCUGGAGUCAGAGGGCUAAGACAACCCUGGCCUACCCGGUCUCCCACUCCCACCGUGUCUCCUCCUUCCUUCCCUGGGGCCCCGGACCAUAUUUAUUGCAUGCGCCCCGGGCAGCCCCACACCCCGAGCCCAGGCUGGGCUGGGCCGGAACGUGGUCUCUUUAGCUCCCUCCUCCUCAUUUGUAUAUUUUCUACCUUGUACACAGGCUCUUCUAGAGCCGCUUCCAUUUUCUAUACUCGAUCCAAACAGCAAUAAAACAGUAACCAAGGACCCUGGACCCUGCGGCUCUCUUCUGCCCUGCCCUAGGACUGGGGUGGGCACAGGUGGGGCCAGACAGGCAGAGGG